AUGUCUCCCCUUCGCGUGCUCGUCACUGGUGCUGCCGGCCAGAUUGGCUAUUCUCUUGUUCUUCAGAUCGCCAAAGGAGAUGUCUUUGGAAAGGACACUCCAAUUGUUCUUGUGCUUCUCGACAUUCCUCCAAUGGCAACAGUACUCGAAGGAGUGCAAUUUGAGUUGCAAGACUGUGCCUUGGCAAAUCUCAAAGGCGUAGAAUGCGUAACCACUGAAAAGGAAGCAUUCACGGAUAUCGACUACGCCUUCCUUGUUGGAGCUAUGCCUAGAAAAGAGGGAAUGGAACGUAAAGACCUCCUCGCUGCCAAUGUGAAAAUCUUUAAGUCCCAAGGCAAGGCACUGGCUGACUAUGCUAAAGCUACCACAAAGGUGCUUGUCGUCGGAAACCCGGCCAACACGAACGCCUUCAUCUGUGCAAAAUAUGCGGCACCAAAGAUUCCUGCGCGCAACUUCUCUGCUAUGACUCGUCUGGACCAUAAUCGCGCUACUGCUCAGCUAGCAAUGAAGGCUGGAGUCGGAAUCGGUGACGUGAAGAACGUGAUCAUUUGGGGAAAUCACUCAAGCACUCAAUUCCCUGACGUCAAGCAUGCCGUUGUGACGAAAGGUGGUAGCGCUGUUGAUGCUUACACUGCGGUCAACGACACUGCCUUUUUGCAAGGUCCCUUCAUCUCGACCAUCCAAAAACGAGGUGCUGUCAUUAUCCAGAAGCGUAAGCUCUCAUCGGCGAUGUCAGCCGCGAAAGCUGCCUGUGACCACAUUCAUGACUGGCACUUCGGUACCAAGCCUGGUGAGUGGGUCUCGAUGGCUAUUCCUUCUGAUGGAUCCUACGGUAUUCCAAAUGGUCUGCUGUUCUCGUUCCCAGUCACGAUUGACGGGGCAACCAAGGAGUGGAAGAUCGUUCAAGGGCUUUCGCUUGACGACUUCGCUAAGGCCAAGCUUGCCGAAACUCAGAAGGAACUCGAAGAAGAGCGGGACGAGGCGUUGAAGGCUUGCGAUGCUGCCAGCAUGUAA